AAAUAUACUUUAUCGGAUCUAGGAAGAAAAAAAAAAUUGUGAAAGGAAUUGCUUGUUAGCAGCAAUCACGAACUCUACCGUUUAAGUUGAGUGACGCUGUCUAAAUCUAAACAGAAAACAAGAACUUUGCCCCAUCCUAACAUAAACGAACUCUUAAUUGUCAAAUUGAAAACUUCAGAUAAAUCUCGAAUCGCCAUUUCCAUUUAUUUGGAUUAACACAGAAAGGAUGCUAUAUAUUUCAAAAUAAUGAAAUUAUUUAUUUGAAAGAAUAUUUCUCUGGAUGUUUUCAGGAUUGUCACUCAACCUUGCAUUCAUUAUGGAUUCGUCAUGCACCGCUCAUGGCAUCGACCGUCGGUUUGAGGUGGACAGAGACAACUGUUGAUAUUCAGAAAAAGAUAAGUUUUCACUUAUGAAUGGGAUGAUUCAAUUCACUAAGAAGCGAACCAUCAGUCAAGAAUCUGAAACUUCAACUUCAGCUGGAGUUUAUAGUAUCACAGCGGAAAAGCCUUCAACCGAAAUUCAAAACAAUAAAUCUGAGAAAGACUUAAAUUUUACGAUAAGACUUUAUAAGGAUUUUUCAAUAUGCAUCUACAAGCCUCUAAUUCCUUUGAAACUGAUGCUUUUCUUUUGGUUUGGAGCUGGAGCUUUUCUAGGACCAUUUAUAACAGUCUACUUCAAACAACAAGGAAUUUCGUUGGGAGAAAUAUCCAUAGUAUUCAUAAUAUCACCAGUUGCCCAAUUUCUUGGAACUCUCCUAUCUGGAGUCGUUGCGGACAAAAUAGGAAGAUCCAAACCAGUAUUGGUUUUCAACCUCAUCCUCACGAUGCUUAUCCUCAUAAGCAUUCUCCUCAUUCCCAAAAUGGACGUGGUGAACUGCGAUUCCCAGCCCAUCAACCUCAAAUGCCACCCUAAGCAAUUCGACAGGCUCAUCACCAAGACGAGCUGCGACGUUGUGGAAGACAUCAUCGAAGUGAAUUCCUGCAAUGUGCAAUGCCCUGAAAACGUCACCGAACACUGCAACGGGCAGAACUUGAUCUGCGACAUUUUUGCCGGAAAAGAAGAGCGGCGAAAUUUUUCCCUGUCCAUCCACGUCAACGGAUCUUCCCAAGUUAAGGAUCGUUGCUAUUACAAUGUCAGUUACAUGUCCCGUGAGAAUGAGACGUACUCCUGGUGCGAUGUCCCACACAAAAUGUAUUGCCGAGUGUCCUGUUACGUGAACUCUGGUGUCAAGUGCUCUGAAGAAGUGAGCGAUAGAGAUUUGUUAAUGAUGGUCAGCAUGGUGCUCUACAUCUUACUCAUGGUCGUUUAUUCGAAUUGUUAUCGCUUCAUGGAUGUGACAUCUAUGUCUUUAGUAAAAGAACACAAUUCUGACUUUGGUAGAGAACGAUUUUUUUCCAUAGCAGGUGUCCUAAUCAUCACCCCGAUUGCGGGCUAUAUUGUAAAAGUUACGACACCCAAAGGUGGAGAGAGGAACUACAAUUCGGCGUUUUACUUCUACUUUGCAAUCCUCCUACUUAUCCUGCUCAUCGUUACGAAACUGGAUGUUCGAAUCAACACUCCAGGAAAGAAAUUGGGGAAGAAAACAUUAACUUUAUUGAAAAACCCAGACGUUGUUUCGUUCGCUCUUGUCGUUUUUACUCUCGGGACAGCCUGGAGUUACACAAAAAACUUUCUCUUCUGGUACUUGGAGGAAAUGAAAGCCUCCAGUAUUUUAAUGGGCCUCAUCCCAGCUGUCAGUGCUUUAUAUGGGCUUCCUUUUCUUUUAACUUCCAGUUGGUGGGUUAGAAAGAUAGGCGCUACUCAGAUAUUCAUAUUGGGUCUGGUAGGGUAUGUAAUUAACUCUAUUGGCUAUUCGAUACUGUAUGAUCCCUGGCUUUCUCUUAUAUUGGAAUCCACUAAUGUGUUGACAUAUCAUUUGCUGUGGGUUGCUGUUGUCUUACACAGUCAUGAGAUAGCUCCUGAAGGAAUGACAGCGACUGUAAUUUCUAUUGCUGGUUCUAUUCAUUAUCAUUUGGGAAAGACCACUGGCGGUUUAAUUGGCGGUUUUAUCAUGGAUACUUUCAAUGGAAGAGUAGCAUUUCGAGUGGUUGCAAUCAUCUGUACCUGUUGCGCUGUUAUCUAUUCAAUUUAUCUCAUCAUCAGGAGAAAGUGUUUCAGCGUCAAAUACCCUGAGCCAAAAG